AUGAGUUAUAUUGAAGACCUUCUUAAAUUUUCUGAGGCGCUCAACAAAGAAGAGCUCGCCGAAUAUUACAGACUGAGGAACGAGCUGGUGGACGAGUACGCCGAUGACGUUCUAGAAGCCGAGCUCGUCGUGCUGGGGAUCGAGGCGGUCUCCAAAUACGAGAUAACGCCUCGUGACUUCAUGUCUGGAACGUCACCGGCGUCUGUCUAUAUAGAAGUCCUGCAGGAACGUUCCGUGAUUGAUUGCUUCAACCGGAUGACAAGAUUCAUGCCAGGUUGUGGCAGCUCCGAGGAUCGCGCAUCAUACCAUCGAUACGUUUUUGAUUCGAAGUGUGCAACUACGAUCAUCUUUACACCGAACGCAGAUGAUUUCAACACCAACGAUCCUGAUGUCUGGGUGUUGAUCGAAUACCGAGACUUGGUCAUCCGGUCGAUCGUUUAUCCAAAAAGUCCGGAGCCUGUCAAUGACAGAAUCUCGAUUAUUGAAAGAGACACUACCAGCAGCUCAGCCUCGCACGGUCUUUGCUCAACUGAUUCCGACAGGAGCUCCACUGAAAGUUCGUCGUCGGAAGUCUCGACGAACGCUUGCGGAGGGUCGAAUUAUAGUUUCACGAGUCACAGGGUGAGAAGAAGCAUUUUUCUUAUGGAGGACAUACGAAUCUCUUCCAGCUAUUUAGACACCAGUUCUUCUUCCUCUGUAACUUCCUUGUAACCCGCCACAUCUUCAUUCUCCUUGUGUUUCCCAAAUGACAGUGAUUCUGUCAAAAGUAGCAUGACGGGUAAUUCAUCUGUGAUAGAAGCACAUGCACAAGCAGGACAUCAGAGCGCAUCAAACGUUGACACCCAGUUGGAGAAACCCCGUGUUCAUACUGAACAUAAUGAUGAUAGAGCGGCACACGUUGCAUGUUCCAAAAAUAAUUUUGAUAGCUUGCUGAUGACAACAGCUUAGAUUUGUUCUGGUGCAAAACCGACACAGAUGAAUCUGACACUUUGCAUGUAGACCAACACGCGUAUUCCGUGCACAAAAGAAAUAAUGAAGCAUCACACAACGAAACGGCUACAGUUGAACAUGAUUAUGGCAUGUCAUCAAACCCAAGUGUUGAGAAUGAGUGUUGCAGACGCGCUGUCGAAGGGAAACGCCAAAGCUCAAUCCUCUCGAAAUUGUUUAGAAGAUUAUUUGGAAGAAAAUAAGAAGAAGAAAGUUAAAAUUACACACACAGGCAAAACUACAAAAAGACAAUUCUUUUCACUGUUUUUAUUAUUUUAAGAAAAAAUGAAAGAAAAAAUACUGAACGCAGCUGAAAUAAAUUUUACUACCUUUUA